AUGAAUCAGGAACUGCUCUCUGUGGGCAGCAAAAGACGACGAACUGGAGGCUCUGUGAGAGGUAACCCUUCCGCAAGCCAGGCAGAUGAGGAACAGAUGAAUCGUGUGGUGGAGGAGGAACAGCAGCAGCAACAGCUAAGGCAACAAGAGGAGGAACACACCGCAAGGAAUGGUGAAGUUGUCGGAGCAGAUCCUAGACCUGGAGACCAAAAUGAUUCCCAGCAAGGACAAUUAGAAGAAAACAAUAAUCGCUUUAUUUCGGUAGAUGAGGACUCCUCAGGAAACCAUGAAGAACCAGAGGAGGAUGAAGAACAUGCUGAGGAACAAGAUGAGGAGGAUGAAGAGGAAGAGGAAAUGGACCAGGAGAGUGAUGAUUUUGAUCAGUCUGAUGAUAGUAGCAGGGAAGAUGAACAUACACAUAGUAACAGUGUCACAAACUCCAGUAGUAUCAUGGACCUGCCUAUUCACCAACUCUCCUCAUCAUUCUAUACAAAGACAACAAAAAUGAAAAGAAAGUUGGACCAUGGUUCUGAGGUCCGCUCGUUUUCUUUGGGAAAGAAACCAUGCAAAGUCUCAGAAUAUACAAGCACCACUGGGCUUGUACCAUGUUCAGCAACACCAACAACUUUUGGAGAUCUGAGAGCAGCCAAUGGCCAAGGGCAACAACGUCGCCGAAUUACAUCUGUCCAACCACCUACAGGCCUCCAGGAAUGGCUGAAAAUGUUUCAGAGCUGGAGUGGACCGGAGAAAUUGCUUGCUUUAGAUGAACUCAUUGAUAGUUGUGAACCAACCCAAGUAAAACAUAUGAUGCAAGUGAUAGAACCCCAGUUUCAACGAGACUUCAUCUCGUUACUCCCUAAAGAGUUGGCACUUUAUGUGCUUUCAUUCCUGGAACCCAAAGACCUGCUACAAGCGGCUCAGACAUGUCGCUACUGGAGAAUUUUGGCUGAAGAUAACCUUCUGUGGAGAGAGAAAUGCAAAGAAGAGGGUAUUGAUGAACCAUUGCACAUCAAGAGAAGAAAAGUAAUAAAACCAGGUUUCAUACACAGUCCAUGGAAAAGCGCGUACAUCAGGCAGCAUAGAAUUGAUACUAACUGGAGGCGAGGAGAACUCAAAUCUCCUAAGGUGCUGAAAGGACAUGAUGAUCAUGUGAUUACUUGCUUACAGUUUUGUGGUAACCGAAUAGUUAGUGGUUCUGAUGACAACACUUUAAAAGUUUGGUCAGCAGUCACUGGCAAAUGUCUGAGGACGUUAGUGGGACACACGGGUGGAGUGUGGUCAUCACAGAUGAGAGACAAUAUCAUCAUUAGUGGAUCCACAGAUCGGACUCUCAAAGUGUGGAAUGCUGAGACUGGAGAAUGUAUACACACCUUAUAUGGGCAUACUUCCACUGUCCGUUGUAUGCACCUCCAUGAAAAAAGAGUUGUUAGCGGUUCUCGAGAUGCCACUCUUAGGGUUUGGGAUAUUGAGACAGGCCAGUGUUUACAUGUAUUGAUGGGUCACGUAGCAGCGGUUCGCUGUGUUCAAUAUGAUGGCAGGAGGGUUGUUAGUGGAGCAUAUGAUUUUAUGGUGAAGGUGUGGGAUCCAGAGACUGAGACCUGUCUACACACGUUGCAGGGGCAUACUAAUAGAGUCUAUUCAUUACAGUUUGAUGGCAUCCAUGUGGUGAGUGGAUCUCUUGACACAUCAAUCCGAGUGUGGGAUGUGGAGACAGGGAAUUGCAUCCACACGUUAACAGGACACCAGUCGUUAACAAGCGGAAUGGAGCUCAAAGACAACAUUCUUGUCUCUGGGAAUGCUGACUCUACAGUUAAAAUCUGGGAUAUCAAAACGGGACAGUGUUUACAAACAUUGCAGGGUCCCAACAAGCAUCAGAGUGCUGUGACCUGUUUACAGUUCAACAAGAACUUUGUAAUUACCAGCUCAGACGAUGGGACUGUAAAACUGUGGGACUUGAAAACGGGUGAAUUUAUUCGAAACCUAGUCACAUUGGAGAGUGGGGGUAGUGGGGGAGUUGUGUGGCGGAUCAGAGCCUCGAACACAAAGCUGGUAUGUGCUGUUGGGAGUCGGAAUGGAACUGAAGAAACUAAGCUGCUGGUGCUGGACUUUGAUGUGGACAUGAAGUGA